AUGAAGUUCAGCGCAUUCUCAUCUGCUCUGGCCAUUGUGCCGUCCUUGUUUAGCUGGGCUUACGGUGCUUCAUACUCCAAUCCUCUGAGGACUAACAAUGGAGGCGACCCAAAUAUCGUGUAUCAUGAAGGCUUCUACUACUUCAUGUCGACGAACUUCGGGGACCUCUCGAUGACAAGAGCCACAACGCUCGAAGGACUAAAGGACGGCGAGACGAAGCAGGUCUGGGUCGACACAACUCCUUCACGAUGCUGCAAUGUGUGGGCACCAGAGAUGCAUUACAUCGAGGGCGCCUGGCACAUCUACUACUCCGCCGGCCCAAACCCCCUAGGCGAGCAGCGUUCUCACGUAGUCAGAGGCGGCAACUCACCCUGGGACGCCUACUCCUACGCCGGCCAAAUCAACACCGACGGCUGGGCCAUCGAUGGCACAAUCCUCCGCUUCCCAGACCAAAACUAUUUCGUCUACUCAGGCUUCCAGCCCAACGGCAAGCAAAGUCUCUACAUCGCUCCUCUCACCUCCGCAACCUCCAUCGGCGCCGCGAAGCUCCUCAGUAGCCCUGAAGAAGACUGGGAGACUCAGGGUGUGAACGACAUUGAUGUCAACGAAGGUCCAGCCGCGAUGUACCACGGUGGGAACACGUACCUUACCUUCUCUGCAUCGUACUGCUGGACCCCGUCAUAUGCUCUGGGGCUGUUGACGUACAUCAGUGGUGAUCCUACUGAGGCGAGCAGCUGGGAGAAGACAGGGCCUGUGUUUUCCUCGGCAAAUGGACAAUUUGGUACUGGGCACAAUUCUUUCUUCCUUAGUCCGGAUGAGAGUCAGAUUUGGAAUGUAUAUCAUUCCACACCGGGUGCGAAUGGCAAUUGUGGUGCGAACAGGUAUUCGAACGCGAGAGUUGUGGACUUCAAUGCAGAUGGGUCGCCGAACUUUGGGCAGGCGCCUGCGUUUGGGACUGUUUUGCCUGGGCCAAGUGGCGAGUAA